AAAACUGGACUGUGAUCCCUCCAGUACCCGGAUCAGAACUCAGCUCUGACCUGUAUCAGCAUUUCUCUCGUUUAUACGCAGAAGAGUCUUCAGUGUCUCUGUGUGUGAAUCAGGAUCUUCUGCUAGAAUGAGGAGUGGAUCUGCUCUGCUGUUGGUGCUGCUGCUCGGCUCUCUCCAGCUCUCCUCUAGUGCUCCAGCUGGGACCGGUGUUGCUGACUGCUGUUUCAAAUUUACUACAGUAAAGAAGAUUCCUCUGAGAAUCGUGGAGUCUUACACAGAGACACACAGCGACUGUGCCCUGAAAGCCAUUGUAUUUAUCAUGAAAACAAAAGGAAAUAAGUUUUGUGUGCAUCCAGAUGCUGAGUGGGUGAAAAGUCAUGUCGCUGCUCUGGACCGAAGAAACAACACUGCCACAGCAAAACCUUCAACCGCAAAUUCCACAACUCUCUCCACUACUAAGCUCCUCUAAGUUUAGCCUCAUUAACUGAUUAUCUGGAUUUUAAAAACUAUUAAAAAGACUGAAAUCUGUUUGUAUUUUUUAAAUAUAAGUAUUUUAUUAAUCUAAAAAAAGCAAUUUGUUUAAAUGUGGCAAUACUGUUUA